GCCGGCUCCCCGCUCCCCUUUCCCCGGGCAGGGCGGCCCAUGGGCGGGACCCGCCGGGCCCAGCCCCACUGCCGGCUCCCCGCUCCCCUUUCCCCGGGCAGGGCGGCCCAUGGGCGGGACUCCCCGCGGCCCCACCCCCGGCCCAUGGACUCGGUGCUGCGCAGCGCCGGCCGCUUUCCCCCGCGGCUGCUGCGGGCGGCGUGGGACCGGGCGCGGCGUUGCUCCGCGGCCAUGCAGCGGCCCGAGGGCGGCGGGGGCUGGCUGGGCGCGCUGCGCUUCGAUAACCUGGCUCUGCGCUCGCUGCCCGUGGACGCCUCGGAGGAGAGCGGCCCGCGGACCGUGCCCGGCGCCUGCUUCGCUCGGGUGCGGCCCAGCCCGCUGCAGAGCCCGCGGCUCGUGGCCAUGUCGCUGCCGGCGCUGGCGCUGCUGGGGCUGCAGCCGCCCGAGGCCGACCCGGCGGCCGAGGCCGAGGCCGCGCUGUUCUUCAGCGGGAACCGGGUGCCGGCGGGCGCGGAGCCCGCGGCGCACUGCUACUGCGGCCACCAGUUCGGCAGCUUCGCGGGGCAGCUGGGCGACGGCGCCGCCAUGUACCUGGGCGAGGUGCUGGGCCCGCGGGGCGAGCGCUGGGAGAUGCAGCUCAAGGGCGCCGGCAUCACCCCGUUCUCCCGGCAGGCUGACGGUCGGAAGGUGCUGCGCUCGAGCAUUCGGGAGUUCCUGUGCAGCGAGGCCAUGUUUCACCUGGGAAUACCGACAACACGGGCUGGCACCUGCGUCACCUCCGACUCCACAGUCCUUCGUGACGUGUUCUAUGAUGGGAAUCCAAAGCAUGAAAGGUGUACAGUUGUUCUGAGAAUAGCCUCUACGUUUAUAAGAUUUGGCUCUUUUGAAAUUUUUAAACCCCCUGAUGAAUUCACUGGACGCAAGGGUCCCAGUGUUAACAGAAAUGAUAUUCGAAUACAGAUGCUGGAUUAUGUGAUCAGCACUUUCUACCCAGAAAUCCAGGAGGCUUAUUCAGACAACACUAUUCAGAGGAAUGCUGCUUUCUUCAAAGAGAUAACCAAACGGACAGCGAGACUGGUGGCUGAGUGGCAGUGUGUGGGGUUUUGCCAUGGCGUGCUGAAUACAGAUAACAUGAGUAUAGUUGGACUAACCAUUGACUAUGGCCCUUUUGGGUUUAUGGACAGGUAUGACCCUGAGCAUGUUUGCAAUGGUUCUGAUAAUACAGGGCGCUAUGCUUACAACAAACAGCCAGAGAUUUGCAAGUGGAACUUGGGGAAACUUGCUGAAGCUUUAGUUCCAGAGCUGCCCUUGGAAACAAGCCAGCUCAUCCUGGAAGAGGAAUAUGAUGCAGAAUUUGAGAAACACUAUUUGCAGAAGAUGAGAAAAAAACUAGGCCUAAUCCGACUGGAAUUAGAAGAAGAUAAUAAGCUGGUGUCUGAACUGCUUGAAACCAUGCAUCUCACAGCUGGAGACUUCACAAAUAUUUUUUACUUGCUGAGUUCAUUCUCAGUAGACAUUGAUCCUUCAAAAUUUGAAGAUUUCUUAGAAGAGCUUACAAGUCAAUGUGCUUCUGUGGAAGAACUGAAAGUUGUUUUUAAACCACAGAUGGAUCCAAGACAGCUGUCAAUGAUGCUGAUGUUGGCUCAGUCUAAUCCUCAGCUGUUUGCAUUAAUUGGAACAAAAGCUAAUAUAAAUAAGGAAUUGGAACGCAUCGAACAGUUCUCUAAACUGCAGCAGUUAACAGCAGAUGAUUUACUUAGCAGAAAUAAAGGACACUGGAAGGAAUGGCUGGAGAAAUACAGAGUCCGUUUGCAAAAAGAAAUAGAAAGUGUUGGUAAUGCUGAUGCCUGGAACACUGAGCGUGUGAAGGUCAUGAAUUCAAACAAUCCAAAAUAUAUCUUGAGAAAUUAUAUUGCCCAGAAUGCCAUAGAAGCAGCUGAAAAUGGGGAUUUCUCAGAGGUGAGAAAUGUACUGAAACUUUUGGAACAUCCAUUUCAAGAAGCAGAAGGUUUCCAGGAGGUAAAGGAAGAUGCAGAAGAGGAGGGAGCAACUGCUACAGCAGCUGUUUGUUCUCAAGAGAGCAGGAGCAGACAAUCAUACUGCAGCAAACCUCCACUGUGGGCUUCAGAACUCUGUGUUACGUGAUCUUCAUAACUGCCUUGUUCUGUUUUUGCUGGGAACUGAAGACUGAUCCUCCUUCAGCAGUGAAAAAUUCAGCAAGGCAAACAUCAAAGUGCUAUUAAGUUAUUGAAACAACACUACAUUUGGAUGCAUCUGCAGUAGUUUUCAGCUGUGCUUAAUUUGAAGCAAUUGUGGAUCAUUGGAACAAACCAGUGACAAUCAACAGCUUAAACACAUCAGUAAUCUAAAUGUUUAAAGACUCAAAGUCUUUCCUUUAUCCUCAC